AUGGCCCAGCAGCAGGCCCGCGGGGCCUUCAUCGUGUUUGAGGGCGCCGACAGGGCGGGCAAGAGCACGCAGUGCCAGAUGCUGGUGGAGCACCUCCAGGCGCAGGGCGUGGCGGCGGAGCUGUGGCGCUUCCCCGACCGAACCACCCCCAUUGGCAAGAUGAUCAACUCCUACCUCACCAGCCAGAGCGAUAUCGACGAUGCAGCCGUGCACCUGCUGUUCUCGGCCAACCGCUGGGAGAAAAGGGAGGAGCUGCUGCGCAAGCUGCAUGAGGGCACGACGCUGGUGGUGGACCGCUAUGCCUACAGCGGCGUGGCCUUCACAGCUGCCAAGGGCCUGCCCGGCCUGGACCGCGCCUGGUGCAUGGCCCCUGAUGCCGGCCUGCCCGCGCCCGACGCCGUCUUCUUCCUCUGCCUCACCGUGGAGCAGGCGGCGGCGCGGGGCGGGUACGGCGAGGAGCGGUACGAAAAGGAUGAGUUCCAGCGCAAGGUGCUGGACCAGUUCCACGCCAUGCGGGGCAGCAGCUGGCGCGUGGUGGAUGCCUCGCAGUCGAUUGACGCCAUCCAGCAGCAGCUGCGGGAGCAAGCGGCGGCGGUGGUGGCUCGCUGUCAGCGCGGCACGUCACCCGUGGGCAAGCUGUGGGAGGGCGCCCAGGCGGGCGCCGGCGCACCCCUCUCAGAAAUCAACCAGUAG